AUGGGAAACCAGCCAUCCAAGGAGGGUGGCCACGCAUCUGGCAAAGGCCCUGGCAGUGAGCGCACUGCCGAAGAUCUCAAGUCAUACCCUUCCUUUGGCAGAUCUGAUACCAAGGAUUCCUCGAGGUCCUUCAAGGCCCUACGAUCCAAGAUUCCCGGGUCGAGCAAGACUGGCAGCCCGAGGAACUCUGUCGUUGCCUCUACCGCCGAAGAGAAGACCGACGCUGCUUCGGUAAAGUCGGGCAAGAGCGCUAAGUCCGGCCCCCGAGGCCGCAACGACUCCGCCACGUCCCCUACGUCGCCAUCAGGCGAGCUCGAAUCCCCCCUCGAUGACUCGCAGCCGCCACCCUCCCCGACACAGUCUAGCACUAUCAAGGGUGGCCACCACGAUGUGAGCGCCGCACAAGCUUCCGGCGAGGUCGAUCAUGUGUCCGACCAACCGCCAUCUGCUGGAGGCAGCCUCAACACCCAUAUGCAGCAGCCAGGCAAGUCUAUCUUGGCGAAGGGCGGUGACGGUGCCGCCACGCCGGUCGCCAAAACCUCGUCGACCAACUCCAGCGACAAGCACGAGGGUGGGGUUGCCAUGAGCGAAAUCAAGGACAUCGACCUCGACGACUUUAUCAAACGGCUCCUCGAUGCGGGCUACGCGGGCAAGGUCACGAAGAGUGUCUGUCUGAAGAAUGCUGAGAUUGUCGCCAUUUGCCAACGAGCUCGCGAAGUCUUGCUCUCUCAGCCUGCUCUCUUGGAGCUUGAUGCUCCCGUGAAGAUUGUUGGCGACGUCCAUGGACAAUACACCGACCUGAUUCGCAUGUUCGAAAUGUGCGGCUUCCCUCCCUCGUCCAACUAUCUCUUCUUGGGUGACUAUGUCGAUCGCGGCAAGCAAUCCCUCGAGACGAUUCUUCUGCUACUCUGCUAUAAGCUGAAGUUUCCCGAGAACUUCUUCUUGCUGAGAGGCAACCACGAGUGCGCCAACGUCACAAGAGUUUACGGAUUUUACGAUGAGUGCAAACGGCGAUGCAACGUCAAGAUCUGGAAGACCUUCAUUGACUGCUUUAACACGCUGCCGAUUGCUGCUAUUGUUGCUGGCAAGAUUUUCUGCGUGCAUGGUGGCUUGUCCCCGGCGCUGAGUCAUAUGGACGACAUCCGGAACAUCGCCAGACCCACCGACGUCCCCGACUAUGGGCUUCUCAACGAUCUUUUGUGGUCUGAUCCUGCUGAUAUGGAGCAAGAUUGGGAAGCAAACGAACGAGGUGUCAGCUACUGCUUUGGCAAACGGGUCAUCCUCGACUUCUUGGCGACACAUGACUUUGAUUUGAUUUGCCGAGCUCACAUGGUGGUUGAGGAUGGUUACGAGUUCUUCAAUGAUAGGGUCCUUGUUACGGUCUUUAGUGCUCCCAACUACUGUGGCGAAUUUGAUAAUUGGGGCGCUGUCAUGUCGGUUUCGAAUGAGUUGCUCUGCAGCUUCGAGCUGCUUAAGCCGCUGGAUUCGAGCGCGUUGAAGAGUCACAUCAAGAAGGGCAGGAACAAGAGACAGAGCAUGCUCAACAGUCCGCCUGCGCAUGUCGAGCCACGAAGCGUUUGA